ACCCCAGCGCCCCCGCUGCUGACUCGGCGCUUCUCUCGCCCCGCCCACUCGAGUUUCCGCCGCAGAUCGGCUCCCUCACAGCCAUGGCGAGGCAAGCCCAGGUCCUGUUUGACUUCACGGCGGAGGCUGAGGGCGAGCUGACGGUCAACGAGGGAGACAUCCUGACCAUCGUCGCCCAGGGAAGCGGCACCGGCUGGAUCGAGGUGGAGAAUGCGGAGAACAAGCGAGGAAUCGUGCCCGAGAACUACGUGCAGGUGUUCAACGAAGAGAGCCUACCUCCACCGGACGAUGCACCGACCUGGACAGAGCAGGCGACCUACGACCCAGGAACGUGGCCCAAUCAGCAACAAGCAGAUUCCGACAGCUGGGAGGACAGCGAUGGAGAGGGAGCAAAGGCUGGCUCGCAACGCGGGGCUCCCCAGGGCAGCCCCAGGCAGGGUCGCGCCAACGCGGCCUCCACCCUCCUGGGCCUCAACAGGCUGGCGCUGCCACUGGGGAAGCUGAAUUUGGACAACUACCUCCUGGGCAAGUGCACAGUGACCAGGACUGACAAGAUCCCCCUGGUUAUGGGCGAGUCGGGCCCAGUGUGGGAGACAUCCUCCGAUAAUCUCGUGUGCGUCAUCUCUUCACCAAAGAAAUCCACCAAACUGCACGGCAUGAAGAGCUUCAUUGAGUACCAAAUAACCCCCAACGACACCCUAAAACCCGUGUCCCGACGCUACAAACAUUUUGAUUGGCUGCUGGAGCGGCUGAUAAGCAAGUUCUCGGCUAUGAUUCUCAUCCCGUCGCUCCCCGACAAGCAGGUGGCAGGGCGCUUUGAGGACGACUUUGUGGCGUUGAGGAUGGAGCGACUCCAGGCGUGGAUGUCGCGCAUCUGCCUUCACCCCAUCCUGUCCUCGAGCUCAGUCUUCAAGCACUUCCUGCACGCCGCCACCGAGAAGGAGUGGAAGGAAGGCAAGAGACGUGCGGAGAAGGAUGAUGCAGUCGGGGGAGCGAUAUUCUCUAAACUUGAAAUGUUCAACGCCGUGGAAUUCCACUCAGAUGAGAUGGAGAAAAGGGUAGAUCAUUUCGGGAAGUUUUUCCGUUCAGCGGACGACAGCGUGAAGCAGCUGCUCGCCGUUGGAAACGUGCACUACCGCCGAUGCACCACAGAACUUCCCAAGGAUUAUCGAGGUCUGGGGAAAGCCUUGAAGGACGUUUCACAGUCUUUCAGCAUGAGCAACCAUCACGCUGAGGGGUCGCUCACCAACGCGCUCUCCUUCGCCGGGAAGACCUAUACCGACAUUGGGGACCUCGUAGCCAGCCAGUCCAAGAUGGAUCUUCGUCUCUUCCUGGACUCCAGCUGUGAAUACAAGAGUCUCCUGUCUGGCUUUCCUGAAAUUCUCUCCAUUCAAAAGGCGGGACUCGACAAGAUCAAGGAGUGCGACCGGCUGAUCCAGAUGAACAAGAUGGCCCCCGGGGAGAAGGACGGAGUUGUGCAGAGAGUGAACGUCAUGUCGCUCGGCCUGCAGGCCGAGGUCAACAACUUCCACGAGAGCCGCAUCCGCGACUACAAGGAGAGCGUGCGCCAGCUGCUCUACAAUCAGAUCCAGCUGCACCAGAAGAUCGCCGAGAUGAUGAGAGAAGCCUACAUGCGGUUCGAAUUUGAAUCCUAGUGAAGACGAAGACAACGUGAAGUCGCCCUCUUUAUUUUUGGACCGUUAUCCUGACUUGCAGUAAUUUUUCCAUAAACAAACCAACGUUGAUAAGAAGAAGAAGAUGAAGAAGAAGAAAAAAAACACCAGGCUUUCCCCAGUUUUCGGUUUCUGGUGAGAAUAAGAGCACUUUAUAUUAGUUCUAAAUUGUUCGGGAAAAUUAUCGGUUAAAAUGAAAAAUUAAAUGAAAAGUGUCUUUCCAAAACAAACCUCUACCCGCUGUCGGAAUAAACAUGGAUUCAUCCCUUGUGUCGUUAAACAAUUGCUUUGUGGGUGUAGGGAGUACGAAGGAGAAAUACGCUAAGUGACCAGAGCUUAACGCGUGACUUCCACUACGCGAUGAGUACUGCUCUUCAUUCAUUCAUAGAUUAAGGCACCACGACUCUGACAUUGUUGGCAAAACCAAUAUGCAAAAGCUGUUGUGGACAGUGCUCAGCGUGGGAGGUAAAAUAAUGGGUUUUGAGUUUUCUUCUCACAGAAUUGUCUCCAUCGCCUCUUUAGCUAAGAGGCCCAUUGCUGUAACUGGCACUAAUUGGAAAUUAUACUGCGUCUGAAUUCCAUCUAAUCGUGCAUCCCAGAGAAUCACAUCAACCGGUGCUGACGGUCGGUACAGAAUAUCCCUCCAAAGCCCUGCUUAUUAAAAUUGUGCGUCGCCACAAGGGAGAAAAACACCCUGCUGGUCUGCAUGGUGCGGUCUCGCCGGGCUCCGUGCGUCCACAACGCGUAGCAGCUCCGUGCCAGAACGAGCCAAACGAAUGACGACGUGAGCGCCACUGCGUUGAUGCACCGGUACGGAGCGUCCAUGGGGUAUACCGCAUUCUCCGCAUUUUUGUUUAGAGCAAAAGUUGUUACGCGCUUUGGGGAAUGCGUCUGUUCUUUGGGAAGACGUGCGUUCAUCUGGUUGUUCAGAAGACAUUUCCCCGCUUUAAAGCAGUGCGUUCAUAAUCAUUUUCUGGGAAGAUGGUUUGCCACUGCAGUACAUCCCCACCCAUGAGGACAGAAGACUGCCACCAGAUGUUCAGAAGCCUCUUGCAGAAGACAUCCUUCCCCCAUUAUAAAGCAGCGUGCUCGUAGUCAUCUUCCGAACGAUGGCUGUUCAUAGUGAUACAUUGUCUUGCAGAUGAUGCGCGUUAAUCUAAUUGUUCAAAAUGAUCGUAUGGGAGACAUCUUAUGUUUUUAAAGCAGCAACGUCUAUAAUCGUCUGCUGAAAGACUGCUGUCCGUAGCAAUACAGUAUUCUCCCGAUUAUAUAAAAAAACCCCUUUAUUUUAAAUUAUAAUUUAAUGGAAAGGUUUUCGGGGUGCAUCUGUUACCUUCCCACAGCAUCUUAUUCCCUGGAGAAGCAGGACCUCGAAAUCCUCGUGGGCUUUAAGGAGAAAAUGGAAAGAAUUGUGGGUGUGGUUGGAGAGAACGUUACAAGAAAUCUUAGGCUUUCGUGACUGCAGGAAUUCAUAUUCUUGCGGUCUUUCGGUAAAGUCACGUCGAUAAGGUUCAAAGAAAAUAACAAAAAACUACGACGUUUCCAUCGCAACACAAGCGGUAGUCAUCGGGGGAAAGGGGUUACAAUAAAGUCAGUCUCGUCGUUCAAAGGCGUCUCCCCUUGCGUGGGAGUUCUGUACGGACUGCACAAACAUGGCGCUGUAGAAUGCAGUGACCGUAAGGUCGAGCUAAAGGUUAUUAAUCCGAGUCAAGACACUGAUUCUCAAAACCUUUUGAGCACCCAUUGUGAAACUCGAUGUAAAUUGCUAUUGAGAAAAAAAACCCGACACAAACGCAAUGCAUCUCCGAUUAGCACGGUUGGCUAAGUAUUGUGCGAAAGAAGUUCAACACAUACAUUUGGUUAAGACAUUUAUUAUCUCAGAAUUCUACAGUAUUUCAUAUUGGCACGUCAAUUCCUUUGUAAUGUUUUCUCUUUUUACUUUGUGAAGGCACCGUUUUAGUUUUCUUCAGAUCCCGGUUUUGGAGUUUCACUCACGGAACACCACUGCCCUACCACCUGGCGUGGAUUGCAUUGCAGUUGUAGCGUGCCAAUUGUAGCGCGUGGCAUGUUUGUAUCAGACCUCUUUGAGUUGGUAAAUUUCGGGGGAAAAGAAAAAAAUAUAUUUUCUUGUAAAAGACUUUGCAAUGAGAUUGUAUUAAACUGAAAUGUAGAAAACGCCACCAAUUAUGAUAAAAUGUGCCUUUACAUUUAAACGCUAUAAGAAAUACAAUUGCUGAGCUUAUACACGUCACUCUUACAAGAGCCGUGUUUUAAAACGCUGUGCCUAAGAGAUGUCAAACAUGUAAAAACCUGGAGCGGUGUUUAAUCCAUGCUCAUCUGGUCUUGUGCUCGUCAGCAGCUCCGAUCCGGGGCUGGUGUUUCCGGUGUGCGGUGAUGCGGCUGAGCGUUAGCCGCUCGGUGUGUGCAGAGGUUCGCGGUUUGAGCCCCGUGGUCCACCCUGGUUAAUACUGUUGGGUGUAAUUCAUCUUUGUUACGACGUGCCUUCCUUCUGCUUCACGUUGGAUGUUAAUGGAUCCUGUGACGUUUGGAAGAGGGUGGGCCAAAGUGUGUGCUGGAGUCACGGUGCAAAUUAGAUUGUUUUUAAUAUACCCGCAGAUUACUCGAUUUGGAAAUGCAUCGCAGCUUUGCCCCCUACUAGUAACCGACUACAAAACUACUCAGGCUAGGGGAAGCGUAAGACUUUUGGUAAUGACCUUGCGCGAUAAGAACGGCACCGACACCACAUGGGCUCAUUACUUGAUUCGGCGUGCGCGCAAGUCACCUCGCUCAUAGAGCGGUGCUUGUUGAGGGCAGUAGAGCACGCCUCUAAUUUUCCUCUGCGCGAGAUUGGCUCCCUUUGCGCGAGUGUGUGUUUUAUAUCAUAUUUCCUCCUACACACGGCAUAUGUGAAUCAAUAGGCCAAUCAUGCCAAACAAGACCGACCCUCUUGAAACAGGGCCUCGAGACCCACUGUGUCGGAAUGUCAUUGUCGAAGUGCCAGUAUGAAAACUCGUGGUGCGCUCACUCAAAUGUCGCCUCGGUGGAAACACCACGGUGUCGGGGAUAGGAACAGUCCUGGAGUGUGCCGGUCCUCGCGUUUGGCAUUGAGAAGUGCCGCUGGUGGCGUGCCGUCGGUUAUUCCGCUCGUUUUGACCACUGCUCCCCCGUAGUCUGGUGACACAUCCUAAAAGCAAUAGACCCGUUUAAACGACGUGGAACUUAUUUCUGGGAAAGCAAUACUCGUAUGAUUACAGUAUUUAGAAAUGUAUUCUCUAAAAAUCAUCAAUAAAUCCUAUAUAUAUUUUGAAAGCUUAAUAGCAGUUACUGUGUAUUGGAGUAUGGACCAUAUAUAUAUUUUUAAGUGUAUUCAUAAAAAAAGUUAUCAUCACUUUCGCAUAGUGUAAGGUAACGAGCCGCAUGCAUAAGAGUUCCAUUUGUGUUCUUGAAUAUUUACAUGCUUUAUAUUGUAUUGCUGAAGUGCCAUACAUUUUUACUUUAAGUAGGGCUAAGAAUGCUGUGUUGUUGAGGUAUUAUGUUCAAAGGUGAUUAUAAAGUGGCUUCAGCGGGCAGUCUGUGCCAGUUUACAGACGUGACGUUCUGUUCCCGCUGCAGGCGCACGGUCAUUUCCGCCGUGCAGGUUUCCAGAUCAUGCACCUCCACCUGCUGUCGAGUGGACGUCGGGAAAACCUGCGGGGGCAUCAGUCGCAUGCCGACAUGCCCGGGUGAUGUGCUGUGCCACCCGAAUGUCUGAUCUCACCGCCCAACCCAAAUAAGCAGAGGGUUUUAAGGAACAUCUAACGCUUAACUCAUUUGUAAAGUUAUCAGUAUCACCGGCGGUGACCCACGCACGCCUGUAAUCCAGCGCUGUGGAGGCGCGUUGUUGGUGGAUUACACACCGAUGUUGCGAAACUCACUGUGGGCAUUCAAAUGUGACAAAUCCCGUCUCGCCAGGAGAACGCAGCAAAGCAGAGGUGUGAACUCCACCUGUUCCGUCAGAGUUUCCCCCUCGCGCGCUAUGUGGGUUUUCUCUGGACGUGCUGGUUUCUUUCCACAUGUAAGCGCUCAUUUACUUGGCUCGUAACGCCUUAACAUGCGGAGGACCGCAGAGCUUGGGCAAAUCGUUGGCAACCGGCUCACCACGUGACUGCCUUCCUGCUUGCUCCUGUGGUUCUCCGUGCCUCCCAAGUUGAACUUACUCCAAGUAUGGUCAGCGAGCCUUGUCUUCCAAAGGGAGGUCACGUGAAACCCAAUGGCGCUCGCAUGGCUUUACAGUACAUGGCAGACAGGGCCUGAUAGGUGGCAUGUAUGCGGUGCCAUGCAUGCGGUGCCAUGUGCAGUUCAGCCGUUGAUGAUGAUAAUUAUUCAGAGAUAAUUUGCUCACGUAUCCAAAGAGCUCGUAAUUAUAAUCGCUUUGCUUUGCUUAGUGUAACGUUAUUAGAUAAAUUAGCGAUCGAGCUAGUAACGGUGCAUUUGUAUUUCUUAGGCUCUGCUUCGAGACAAAGUAGUUAAAUACCACAAGUGUUUUCAUUAUUGCAGGUCAGAAAUGUAGUUGAGUGUAUGUGCAAUUGAGUCGAUGGAAAGUGCAUUGUUUAUACGCUUACAAAUAGAAGUGUCGGUCAUUUGUGAUUUCAGAAUGUUACAGCGUGAAAUUUUUAUUAAACGUACCAAUUAUUAUUAAUUUAAUAAAGGGGUGGGUUUUUUUCGCUAUACAGCACAUAUAUGCAGUACAUGAAUUGAAAACUCAUUUCUUUAAAACUGCUUUUUUGUGUUUAGUUUGUUGUCCUUCCCCCACACCUCCGAUUAGCCACGGUUGGCUACGUACGGUGCGAACGAAGUUCAACACACACAUACAUAGUGCGACUUGCAAUUAGCGUUUGUGAAUGCCCCCGCCCCCACCCCAAUCACCGGGGCCCGCUUUUCCAUCCGGCUGUUGCGACGGCUACCUUGGCGCUUGGCAGUCAGAAUGGGCACAGCAGCAGCCGCUGUGGGCGCCCACACACACACAGAGGGUACCUCGUGACGAUGCCAAUCAUUUUCUCGUGCAGAGAGAAUAAAGUAUGUCUUAUGCUGAUGUCUUAGAGCACAACAACACAAAACAAAUAAAACGAGUUCAGGAAA